GGAUGUGAACUCCUUUAUGUAAAGGAAUUAAUCACUAGUUAACCCGACAUUUAUCUUAAGAUUUGUUAAUUAAGUGUACGUUUAAAUGGUAAUUUUUUAAUGUAAAUAAUUAGUAAAGUGUAUCAUGGAUAACAGUUCUAAAUUAGAAAAUGAUGAAGAGUGGAUGAGAAAAUGUUCGAUUUGGAGUAAAAGAACGCUUUUGGAACGUUAUUUAAUUCUUGUUUGUAUUUUAAUAACCUUCGCAUUCUUCACAAUGAUUGGAUUAGUGUUGUAUUUAGAAAAUAAACAAAAUAUACAAAUUUCAACUAAUAUUUGUACUUCUACAGUUUGCAAACAAGAAGCUGCAAGAAUAAUGAGCAACAUGGACGUCAGCGUCGAUCCCUGUAACGAUUUUUACCAAUUUUCUUGUGGUUCUUUCAUAAAGUAUCAAAAUGUUCCAGAUAACAAGGAAGGGAGAAGUUUUCUGGGCGAUUUAAACGAAUAUACAAUAAAAUUAGCCAGAGAUUUAUUGCAGGAACCAGUUAACGAUUAUCAACCAGAGUUUGCCGCUAAAAUUAAAAAACUUUACAAAUCCUGUUUGAAUAAGCCUUCCGAUUCUCAUCAAGUAUUAACAGAAUUACUAAAUAGAACAGAACUUAAAUCGUGGCCAAUAUUGGAACAUAGCAAAGACUCGCCUACGGUGGAGGAAAUUUCUGCAAUUAUGAUUAUUUACAAUUUACAUCCGCUUUUUAAUCUUUGUACAAGACCUAAUUUUUUACAAGAAAUUCGGUUGGAGAGUUGGAGACAUACUUUAUUGGAACCUUCGGUUUUCGUUAACGAUACAGAAGAAUACGUUAAAGAUAAAGAAGCUUAUACUAGAAUAAUAAUAAAUCUUUUAUUAAAGUUGAAGAUUCCACUAGAAAAUGUUUCGGUUAUAACGCGAGAAAUUCUCGACGUCGACGAAGAUUUCGUUAAAUUUUCUGAAAAAUAUGAAGAUUAUAACGCUACGUCUGUCAAUUCUACUCUUAAAGAAUUAGAUUCGUUAUGCUUGCAGUUGAAAUGGACGAAGAUCUUGAAAUACAUUUUAAGUUCGUUUGGUCACGAAGACGAAUACGACGAAGAAAUGAUAAUAGUAUUGAUGAAUCCGGAUUACAUAAAAGAUACCUGUGAUAUGAUUAGUAAAAUUCAAGUGAGAAAAUUUCAAAACUAUCUAAUUUGGAACUUCAUAGCUAAUUUUUUAAUACAUUACGAUUCGAAUUUUGCCGGGGAAUUUAUUCAAAUGAAACACACUUCGAGAGUGGUCAAAUUUACAAGUUUCAAGAGCUGGAAGAGUUGUGUCAAAUCCAUCAUCAAUAGCGAAAUGCACAUCGCGGUUUCUUAUCUCUUUAUCGAAAGUUUGAAAGCUACAAAAUCUGUAGAAGAGAUAUUGUAUUAUAUAGAAGAAAUAGCAAAUUCUACCGAACGUAUGUUUUCUACCGAAACUUGGUUAGAAGACGAAGAUAAAUAUAUUGGAAAACGUAAGAUAAUGAAAAUGGAAUGGGACGUGGGUUACGACGAUAUAUAUAAAAAUGCCGAAACCAUCGAUUUAUACUUCAAAAACAUAAACUUCAGCGAUAGUUACAUAGAAAAUAUUUUAUUUCUAGAAAAAUUAUCCUUCGCUAGAAAUUUCUUCAACGAAUCUGUUUGGAAUAAUAUAUUAAACGAAAUAGGAACUAAGCCCGUUACCGUCAAUGCUUUCUACAACGGAAGAGUCGUUUUACCUUUAGCUAUAUUGCAAGCACCCAUUUUUAUUCCGGAAGCACCAAAGUAUUUAAAUUUUGGAAGUAUCGGCGUUAUCAUCGGACACGAAAUAUCGCACGAAUUCGAUAAUUUAGAUUUACACUUACAGUCGCAAGAUAACUCGUCUAAAUCCAAUUUGUGGUCAAAAAGUGCUCUUAGAAAAUUUCAAGACAGAGCUUUGUGUAUUAUAAACCAAUACUCGGAAUUUCCAUUAGACGACGAUAACGGGAUUAUGGUGAGUGGAAACAAGACGAUUCGAGAGAACAUUGCCGAUAUUAGCGGUAUCAACUUAGCAUUUUCGGCGUACGAAAGUUAUUUAAAGAAACACGGAGAAGAGCCAAAAUUAUUAGGUCUGGAUUUCAAUAAUAAACAGAUGUUCUUUUUAAGAUAUGCUCAGGUAAGUUUAAUCCAAACGAAAACAUUCUCCAUCGUUUAUAUUUCAGCAACCCUUUUAUAAGAAAACCUGAAACUUUUCACACUAUCUAAGUAAACAAAUAACUUUCGAACGAGCUAUUCGGAAUUAUUAUAGGUGUUUUGUGGGGCAGAAAAAUUAACUCCCGAAAAUCGGCAACUCUGAUUCC